GAUGCGAGUCGUCAUUUCCCCCCCCACGAAUCAUGCGCUUCUGAGCCCUUAAAACAUUUAUUUUGGAAAGCAAUUCUGCGUGUUUUAAUAUUACAGGUGUCAGCAUCCCAUGCUGGGGCUCUCAAUGGACUUGUUUGGACUGUAGCCACGCUUUUUGCGCAUGCGUAGAGAGCGCACAAGAAAAGCUGAAUGGCGAGCAGAGAUGCAAACGCGCCACUCCGAAGCACAAAAGGAUGAAAUUGCUCGUCGGCGGAAAGCCAGCUGUCUCGCCGGAGGGAAACUGGCAAAAACAACAAGACGGCCACUCGGGCCGGUGAAAAAAACACGCACAAGAUGGGCGGAACACCUUUUGUGGCCACGCCGACGAGCUCCACCUGGGCUAACGACCCGUCCGAAUACGAAAGGCUCCCCGUGACGACCCGGACGGCCACCCUCCAUUGUCCCGGCGGGCCUUAUAAAGCGCCGCGCGCCUCCGGGGCGUCCGUCCACGAGAGAUCAUGCAGAACCCCGGCGAGCGGCUCCGAGCUCGAAUCCCUCCCGACGGCGGCGGCGUUCGCUGGGAAGUCUUCCGCAGGAGCACCACCUACCUGGCCCGCGUGGCCGUCAUCCUCCAGGACGCCCCGGAUAAAAUGCUCACCUUCAUGCAGUUGAUGGACCGGCUGGGGCCGCUGGUCCGAGAGGACAGGAAGUCCAUCGAGAACAACAUCAGAGUGUGUUUGUCCACCAACGACUGCUUCGUCAAGAUCCGGUUGCUUCCCGACUCCCUGGCCAGCAAGAGGAACUUCUGGAAGCUGGACCUGAGCCACAUCACGGCCAAAAUGGUGCGCCGUCACUUCAAGGACAUCCUGGACUUCUUCCCCGAGCUGCGCGGCCGGCGCGAGGACGGCGGGGAGACCGCGGCGCCGUCCGUCCACAUCCGCUGCGAGGUCAAGUUCAGCGGACCCUUCUCCAUCGAGUCCCUGCUGCAACGGGACAGCCCGGCCCCCGGCGGAACCCCGCCGCCGGCUGGCGCGGCCGUGCCGACCGAGCAUCGUCGUCGUCGUCACCUGCAUCUCGCCGCGCAGCGGGGCCACAAGCGGAACCUCCGACGGGACUCGGAGGAUGUGGUUCCCGCUGCCUUGCCGCGCGGCGAUGGCAAGCGCUCGUGCCCCGGACCCCCUUUGCCCGCCUACGCCAGCGAUCCCUUCCUCCCGUACCCGACGUAUGAUGUGCCCCGCUUUCGUUUGUGAACAAACCAAAAAAUUGCACUUUUCUAUGUUUGACACGUGCGGCAUGUAUGUUUUUUGUUUUGUUUUGUUUUUUUCCCCCCCUACGCGGGCGCAUGGACGCAGUGUGUAAAACGGGACAAUUUUGGAUCUAUUUUUAUGACAACGGUAUUCAGCUUUU